AUGGAAGCAGCUAAGGAAGAAGUCAGUGUUGAAGAUGAGGCUGUGGAUGAAAACGUUUUCAAAGACUGCAGUAAGAUUGCUUUCUACAGGCGUCAGAAAAAACAGCUCUCCAAGAAAUCCACCUACCGGGCCUUACUAGACUCUGUCAGAAUAGGCAAAGACAGCACAAACUUCCAAAUCAUCAACGAAGCAACUAAGAUUCCCCUCUUAGCUGAAGUUUAUGGUCUAAAGGGAAACAUUUUUAGAAUUAAAAUCAAUGAAGAGGCUCCCCUGAAGCCCCGGUAUGAAGUUCCUGAUGUCCUCACAAGCAAGCCAAGCACUAUAAGGUUGUUUUCAUGCUCAGGGGAUGCAGACAGUCUGGUGUUGGCAGAUGAAAAAGGAGAUCUGAAGCUUCAUAUCACUGCAGACCCAUUCAAGAUAGACUUGGUGUCUAAAGAAGAUGUUGUUUUAAGCAUAAAUUCCAUGGGCCAGUUAUACUUUGAACAUUUACAGAUUCCUCCCAAACAAAGAACUUCCAAAGAAAAUGAGGAUGAUGCACCAACUGAUACCUUGCAGGAAAACCAAGAUGAUAUGGGCCUGUGGGAGGAGAAAUUCAGAGAUUUUGUAGAUAUCAAAGCUAAUGGUCCUACCUCCAUUGGUUUGGAUUUCUCCUUGCAUGGAUUCAGUCAUCUGUAUGGGAUCCCACAACAUGCAGAAUCACACCAACUGAAAAGUACUGGUGAUGGAGAUGUGUAUCGUCUUUAUAACCUGGAUGUCUAUGGGUACAAGAUACAUAACAAAAUGGGUAUUUAUGGUUCAGUGCCUUAUCUCCUGGCCCACAAACUGGGCAGAACUCUGGGUAUUUUCUGGCUGAAUGCCUCAGAAACACUAGUGGAGAUCAAGACAGAGCCUCCAGUAGAGAACACAUUGACCCAGAUGGACCCACUUGCUCCUAAGCAAAAGGUCAGAUGUCAAACUGAUGUGCAUUGGAUGUCUGAGAGUGGAAUCAUUGAUGUUUUUCUGCUGACAGGACCUACACCUUCUGAAGUCUUCAAGCAGUAUUCAUACCUUACAGGCACACAAGCCCUGCCCCCUCUCUUCUCCCUGGGAUACCAUCAAUGCCGCUGGAACUACGAGGAUGAGCAGGAUGUUAAAGCAGUAGAUGCAGGAUUUGAUGAACAUGACAUUCCAUAUGAUGUCAUGUGGCUGGACAUAGAGCACACUAAGGGCAAGAGGUACUUCACAUGGGACAAGAAAAGAUUCCCCAAACCUAAAAGGAUGCAAGAGCUGCUCAGGAGUAAAAAACGUAAGCUAGUGGUCAUCAGUGACCCCCACAUCAAGGUUGAUCCCAAGUACUCACUGUAUGCUAAGGCCAAAGAACAGGGCUUCUUUGUGCGGAGUCCUGAAGGGGGAGAUUUCGAAGGAGUGUGCUGGCCUGGUCUUUCCUCUUACCUGGAUUUCACCAACCCCAAGGUCAGAGAGUGGUAUUCAGGUCUUUUCGCUUUCCCUGUUUAUCAGGGGUCUACUGACAUCCUCUUCAUAUGGAAUGACAUGAAUGAGCCCUCUGUCUUUAGAGGGCCAGAACUAACCAUGCAGAAGAAUGCUAUCCAUCAUGGUAAUUGGGAGCACAGAGAACUUCACAACAUCUAUGGUUUUUACCAGCAAAUGGCUACUGCAGAAGGACUGAUGCAGAGGUCAGAAGGGAAGGAGAGACCAUUUGUUCUUACACGUUCUUUUUUUGCGGGGUCACAAAAGUAUGGUGCCGUGUGGACAGGUGACAACAAGUCAGACUGGAUUUACCUGAAAAUCUCCAUCCCAAUGUUACUCACCCUCAGCAUUACUGGGAUCUGUUUUUGUGGAGCUGAUGUAGGUGGGUUCAUCGGGAAUCCAAAGGCAGAGCUGCUAGUGCGUUGGUACCAGGCAGGAGCCUACCAGCCUUUCUUCCGAGGCCAUGCCACCAUGAAAACUAAGCGGCGGGAACCCUGGCUCUUCGGGGAGGAACACACCCAGCUGAUCCGAGAAGCCAUCAGAGAGCGCUAUGCCCUUCUGCCCUAUUGGUAUACUCUGUUCUACCAUGCACACGUGACUGCUGAACCCAUCAUGAGGCCUCUGUGGGUAGAAUUCCCUAAUGAAUUAGAGACUUUCAGUGUGGAAGAUGAAUACUUGUUGGGCAGUGCUCUGCUGGUUCAUCCAGUCACAGAACCAAAAGUCACCAUGGUUGAUGUGUUUCUGCCAGGAUCAGAUGAGGUCUGGUAUGACUGUAAGACAUUUGCUCAUUGGGACGGAGCAUGCAGUGUGAAGAUCCCAGUAGCUUUGGACACUAUACCAGUGUUUCAACGAGGUGGGAGUGUGGUACCCUUAAAGACAACAAUAGGAAAAUCCACUGGCUGGAUGGCUGAGGCCCCCUAUGCUCUCCGAGUAGCUCUAAACUCCAAGGGUUCUGCGGUUGGUGAGUUAUAUCUUGACGAUGGACAUUCAUUCCAGUAUUCACACCAGAAACAGUUCGUACACAGGAAGUUUUCAUUCUGUUCAGGUGUUUUGAUCAAUAGCUGUGCUGACAAGAGGGGUCAUUAUCCCAGCAAGUGUGUGGUGGAGCAGAUCUUGAUCCUAGGUGUCAGGAAGCAGCCUUCUACUGUGACCACCCACUCAACUGAUGGGGAGGAUCAGCCUGUGGCUUUUACAUACAGUGCCCAAACGUCCACCCUGAGCGUGAAGACGCUCUCACUGAGCAUCAACACUAACUGGGAGGUCCACAUCAGAUGA